UUCAUUUCUGUUUUCGACUUGCCGCGUAACGGUUUUGUCAUCGCUCGCGAGUAACGGCACACACAGCGAGGCUCGCACGCAACAACAGCAGCAGCCGCCCGCACCCACUCUUCACACCUUUUCUGGAAAACACAAGUCUAGACUAAGCUUAGCUUACAAGAGAGUGUUCCGAAACAGGACAACGGUUUUUCCUUUUUUUAGUUUGUUUGAUUUGUUUCGUUUCGUUAAUCUGUGUUUCUUCCCCUCGUUCGUAUUCUGUUCUGCGGCUGUGAAAGACAUACUGCAAUUAGUUACUCUCUUCUGUUCUCCACCCAUCGCGCCAACAACCAACCAACUGUAUUUGAGUGUGUGUCUGUGUUGUUAUCAUCGAAACACACAUUUAACUCGUAAAUAAAUCAACGCGCGCGUGUGUGUGUGUAUGUGUGUCGCUUUAUCAGAGAAGCCAAAGCAGGCAAGCGCACAUAGAGACAAAGCAACAGAGAACGAGCCGCGCGACUCGAUAAAGCAAAAUCAACAAGCAGCAAAGUAACGGAGGUCGUCAUUCGAUUCCCCUGCACUUUUGCCAAUUAACCUGCAUUGAGAGCGCCACAGAGCAGCGCAGCGCUAAUCAGCGAAUCAAUCAAAUGAAGCAAAAUAUCCGUUUUACCGACGCUCUCUAUGGUUGCUGAUUGAAAGGCUCGCCCAAGUGCUCACAGAGAGGGAACCGCGGGAAAGGGCUUCCUCCACCAAAGUCAACAAAUGAAAGCCACCAAAAACAAUACGGAAAACAGCAAGCGCCUGAGUGUGAACAAUCGUCGCAGGAGUCGGGAGAAUCAAAGCAUUUUGCGCAUUCAGAGCUACACGUACAAGUGUCUGAACCACAAUCCGCGCAGCGAGACACUCACCUGACCAGAGACCAAAUCCACACCAGCCAGCAGCCAGCAGCCAGCAGCCAGCAGCCAGCACAUUGAUUCGUGUGUCGCAAGACUUUGCCAGUUGCAGCGGCUGUGGCUUCACAAGCAAACUAAAGAGAGAGACAGCGAGACCCUGAAAACUCUGAAACUGAGUCUAAGGUGCAGCCAGCAAGCAAAGCGAGCGACCAGAAACUUUAAGCCAAAAGCUGGUUUGACUCGAUUCCACGGACGAGCCUCCUGCCAGUGCUGCUCCACUUUCUGCGGCUCUCUGACGCUGGCCCCGCAGCCCAUAAAGGCAAUAAACAAAAGACAAAACUUACAACGGACAACGGACAACGGACGUACGAAUCGAGAGAGUUGCCAUUGCUUUUGCUUUUUUUGCCUUUGCCUGUAAACUGGUUACGGGCCUGCCUGCAGCUUGAAGUUGGAACCUCAUGGACUACGCUGUUGAUUUUUACGCGGAUAUGGGACAAAUCGCACGAGAUUGUGCCGCAACAGACUUUGACAUGGAUGAUCUCGAUGAUUUGGAUCAAGUGACGCAGGUGAUUGGCUAUCAUCCACAUUUCCACGAUCACUUUCUGCGCACCCAGAACUUCAUCAUGAAGGGCGACGGACCGCUGCCCAAUGACUACAGAUACUAUCUGGCCAUAAUUGCUGCUGCUCGUCAUCAGUGUCCGUAUUUGGUGAAGCGCUACGAGAAGGAGUUUAUCAAUCAGGGCGGCAGCAGCGAUUGGCUGCGCGGACUGAACCACAUACCCGCCAAACUACGUGCCAUAUACGAUAUCAAUAAAAUAUUAGCCCAUCGCCCCUGGCUGUUGCGCAAGGAGCAUAUUGAGCUUUUGACAAAGGGCAAAAAUAGCUGGUCCCUGUCGGAGGUGGUGCACGCAAUGGUCCUGCUAUCACAUUUCCAUUCUUUAUCUUCAUUUGUGUUCUCCUGCGGCCUCACACAAAAGCUGGAUGGCUUGUCUAGUCCGAAAUUGAAGAGUGCUCCUGCUGCUCUGGUGGGAGCAACAGCAAUAACAGGAGCAGCAGCAGCAGCAGCAGGAGCAGGAGCAGGAGUGCCGGUGCCGGUGUCGGUUGUGCGCCAAACCACAACAACUCCCAUUCAUCAGAAAACAGUUCUGGGUGAGAUAUCGCUCAACAACGGGAGCAGCGGCGGUGGCGGCACAAAGCCGGAUUACAAUACCCAAAAUGCAGCAAGAAACAAUGGAAAUGCGGCCACAACAGCACCUGGCGAUGGUUCUGCUGCGAGUGCGGGUGCUGCUGCUGCUGGUGCAGGUGCAGCGGCUCUCAACGGAUAUUUGGCAACGGCACAGCAGCUGCCACAGCAGCAUGGCAUCAGUGUGGAGGCUCUGAUGGAGCGCAUGAAGGUGCUCUCCCAGAACCAGGACGAGUGCAGCGAGGCAGAGCUGAGCAGCCGAUUCAAGAAUGUCGAAAUGCAAACCGCUGAGCUGGCUCCAGCUGUGACGCCAGAGGCAGCUGUGGCACUGCCACCGAACAUCUCUCACUAUGUGGACGAUGCGAACUUUAUUUACCAGGAUUUUGCGCGUCGCGGUGCAGAGAAUGUGAAUACGUUUCGCAUACAGGAUUACUCGUGGGAGGAUCACGGCUACUCGCUGGUGGAUGGGCUGUACAACGAUGUGGGCACCUAUUUGGAUGAGAAAUUCCGCUCAGCCUACAAUCUCACAUACUGCACGAUGGGCGGCAUCAAGAAUGUGGACACGUCCAAGUUUCGGCGUGCCAUUUGGAAUUAUAUACAAUGCAUCUAUGGCAUACGACACGAUGAUUACGACUACGGGGAGGUGAAUCAGCUACUUGUGCGUCCGCUGAAAAUGUUUAUUAAGACAGCCUGUUGCUUUCCCGAGCGUAUUACCACCAAGGAUUAUGAUAGUGUGCUUGUCGAGCUGCAGGACAGUGAAAAGGUUCAUGUGAAUCUGAUGAUAAUGGAAGCCCGUAAUCAGGCCGAGUUACUCUAUGCUCUGCGCGAGAUAAUGCGCUAUAUGACUUGAUCUCAUUAAGUGAAUAAAACUCUACAUAAUAUGCGUAUACUACACACACACAAAACACCCACACAUACACAUGCAAACAUGAAACAUUUUGUUAUUUUUGAAAGUGCAACAGAAACGCAGCGAAGGGAAGAGGCAACAGAAGCAGCAACAAGGAACAAUGAUUUGUGCAAUAAAAAAUCAAAAAUCAAUUAUACACUCUGCUACAUAAUACGUAUUCAAAUUUAGAAAUCAAAACU